AUGGAGGUGAAAAGAAAGGUCACCCUCGAGCAUCGUCGUGCGCAGAAUCGCUUGGCCCAACGCAGAUUUCGUCAACGACAGAGCCAGAAGGCCAACGCAAAUCAGCCACCUAAACAGACCCUAGAGCCACCCAUAUUAGCGACCGAUGACCCAUCCAAGAUUUUUAAUUUCUCGUCUGGAAUCAGGCCGACACACCCGAGCCCUGUCAAAUCCCCGCCCUUCGGGUUUGGCGUCAACUGCCUACAAGGCGGCGCCAAUGGACUGAUCGGCAUCCAGAAUUUCAUAAACAUGGACGAUUUGAAGGAAUCGCCCCUGUCAAGUCUCAUUUCAGGCCCGUCACCAGGCAUAUCUAACACCGGUUCCACUGAGCAUACCCUCUACCCCAGCGAUCGAGACUCCAGUCCCAUGCAUCCAGGUUCUCUAGCAAAUACAGACGGAAGAAGCAGCAGUCACAGAACUACACCAGACACAUCCCACACAAUAUUUCUCCCGAAGCCGUUAACAGAUGAACCAACACCCGCCAGUGCUGACAGCGCCAGCGCAGUUCUUCCCAAGACAACAAAUAACCACAACACAGACCCAGGCUCACUUUCCGCGCUCCAUAUAGCCGCGCAGAAGGGACACCACCGGAUCAUGUGCGUGCUGCUCCAGCAGGAUAUCGACUGUGAUGAGAUAGACGGCGAUGGGCUCACGCCCUUAAUCCAUGCAACGAUCGGCGGUCAUGAAGAUGUCGUCGCGUUGCUGCUCAUGCAUGGAGCGCGCAUAGGCAAGGUCGACCGACAAGGCCGCUCGGUGCUGCAUUUGGCAGUUAGUCAUCGCCAUGAGGCAAUAUUGAAUAUUCUGUUGGAUUAUUGCGUCGGUAACCACGGGCUCAUUGAUGCUUAUGAUUGUGGCGGGCGCACGCCAUUGCAUAUUGCGGUCGAUACUGGGUUUGAGGCGGGCGUGCAGGCCCUCGUACAGCGUGGAGCUAGUUUACAUUGUAGGACUAGGAAGACAGUGGUUCAAUAA